UUUUCCUGUUUUGGCAGGGAUUGCAACCGAGUGCUUCUCUUGCCGAGAGCGAGAGAGAGAGAGGCUGCUCGCUGCGAGAUUGGAGGCAAGCAGCAUGGCUCAGCGACUCACCGAGGAGCAGAUCACCGAGUACAAAGAGGCCUUCUCGCUCUUUGACAAAGAUGGCGACGGGGCCAUCACCACCAAGGAGCUGGGCACCGUCAUGCGCUCCCUGGGCCACAACCCCACCGAAGCCGAGCUGCAGAGCAUAAUCGACAAGGUGGACGCCAACGGCAGCGGCACGGUGGACUUCGCCGAGUUCCUCUCGCUGAUGGCCAAGCAGUCGAGGGAUUCCGACAGCGAGGAGGAGAUCCGGGAAGCUUUCCGGGUCUUCGACAAGGACGGGAACGGCUACAUCAGCACGGCGGAGCUGCGGCACGUCAUGACCAACCUGGGGGAGAAGCUGACGGACGAAGAAGUGGAUGAGAUGAUCAAGGAGGCCGAUGUGGACGGGGACGGCAGAGUCAACUACGAAGAGUUCGUCCGGGUGAUGAUGGAGAAGGAGAGGCGAUACAGGGAAGCAGAACUCAGCGUGGUCAAAGAGGCCUUCACACAUUUCGACACAGACGGCGAUGGGGUGAUCACCUCGUCGGAGCUGGGAGAGGUCAUGCGCUCCCUUGAGCACGUGCUGGUCAGCCUGAGGGAGAGGUUCACUGACGAGAAGGUGGAGGAGAUGAUGAAACAGGUGGAUGCCAACUCGGAUGGGAAAGUCACCUACGAGGAGUUUGAGAAGCUGAUGAGGGCCAGAGAAGACACCCGCGGUUCUUGGCAACUCCCAAAACAGGGAAGAGAAGAAGUUCUUCACUGCGCCGGAGAACGCCAAGGCAGUCACAGGGCGACCGUGGACGUUGUCGGAAGCAACGAGGAAGCCAUGGCCGAACACCUCUCAGAAGAGCAGAUCGCUGAGUUCAAGGAGGCCUUCCUGAUCUUCGACAAAGAUGGAGAUGGCGCCAUCACCACAAAGGAGCUGGGCACCGUCAUGAGGUCUCUUGGACAGAACCCGACAGAAGCCGAGCUCAAGGAAAUGAUUGACAAGCUGGAUGCCGAUGGGAACGGGACGGUGGACUUCCCAGAGUUCCUGUCCUUGAUGGCAAGGAAGAUCCAGAACUCCGAUGGGGAGGAAGAAAUCCGGAACGCCUUCCGGGUCUUCGACAAGGAUGGGAACGGCUAUGUCAGCGCUGCAGAGCUGCGCCACAUCAUGACCAAUCUUGGCGAGAAGUUGACGGACGAAGAGGUGGAGGACAUGAUCAAGGAGGCGGACGUGGACGGAGAUGGGCAGGUGAACUACGAGGAAUUCCUGCGGAUCAUGUCCUGCAAGUGAAGACCGCUCCUGAGGGACUUGGGUCUGCGUACCCGAGGACAGUAGGACUUCUGGCUAUUUCAGGGCACACGCCUUCUUCUCCUUUGCACGGCCUGGGUGAGGUGGUUUGGCUUAGUGGCUGAUGAAAUAUGAUUAAAUGGAUAAUGAGCGGUGGAGCAUUAAUUUGAUGGAAGAAUCUGGAGUUCCAAUGCACUUUUUUUUCCUUUCGCUUUCUCUGUGGCCCAGAGGGAUUUGUGGCGCGGCAGAUGGGGUCACGUUGCGUUCUUGCUACAAAAUGAAUUGAGAGGAGGCUGUCCACCACAGUCUAGAACGGAGCCAACAUACGGAAGGUAGAUUAUGAUCUACUGGGUGGACAGUAGGAGAUUGGCAACGGGGGCAACCCAGCACGAUGGGACGGGGACAAAUAAUAAAAUGAAUAUUACUGAUGCCUGAAAGUGUAACAUCAGCAAGCGAAAAUAAAUUUUGCUGUGGCUGGUCUUGUACUAAUUGCUUAACCUCA